AGAGAGAGCAAAAAGCAAAGUUAAAUGCAUCACAUACUAGUUGACGAAACAGGAACGAAUCUUCGUUGCUCUCUCUCUCUGCUCAAAGCUUCGACCUGACAAAAUUCCGCGCCCACCUCUAGGGUUUCUGUCUCCACUCGCCACCCACUGUUCAUCACUCACUUUAACUUCAUGUGAUCAAUGCGUGGAGGUGUUACCGAGUUCAAACAAAGUAGCUGACAUAAAUGUUUCAAAUGGCGUUUGAUCUUUCCACAAAAGCAGUAUUGGAUAUUUAACUCAUUAGUCAAUUUGAUAUUGGAUAGUCUUGGAAGGGAGAAGCCUUUAUAUAUUCCGAGAUAGCAGAAUAAACCACUGGCUAGUUCAAUGACGGGAAAUGAUGUGUCACGUUAUCUUAUUAAGUUUUACCAGACUCAUUAGUGCCCUAUACACAUCAAUAAAGAAUAGUAUGGGAGGAAAUCAAUGCAAUACACAUUGUAGCUUUGAUCUGAAUUCAAGUGGCCAAUUGUUGAAUGUGUUGAAGACUGUAUAAGAUGCUUCGAAUCCUAGAUGUUAUAAAAAUGCUGUACAAGUGCCAUCACAUCACAAAUAUAGAUCUUUCAUUGGUUGAAGAAUAAUCAUAGGCGUUGGAUGAGCUAGACUUGUGUAUUUGUCUGACCGGUGAUUGAAAGCGUCUUUGCUCAAAUAAACUGACAUCAAUUUGCUAACUUGGCAUAUGUUCUCCUUAAUAUGACUACACCAACUAGUUACAUAUGACUAGGAGGAGUCUCUAUCUGAUUUUAGACUUGCGAGCUAGUUGCAUUGCUAAAGGUUUAUGUAUUUAUUAGGUUUAUGCAUUCAUUAAGAAAUGCUUAGGUUGAGUCGGAUGUAUCGUAUAAGGAAAAUAUGAUCGAGAGCAAACAAUAUCAGAGAUGCUUGGUAUUAUGACCGAAUCUUGUUAUCCCAAUUCAACCUGGCAAAACCAUCUUGUCAUGAGCCAAUUAUAUGACCUUAUAGGACACCCUUUCAGCCUUAGUUUUUGUUUAUCAAGCAUUUGCCAUUACUGUGCUAUUGAGAUCCUCUUUACAUGUUAAUCUGGUAUUGCCAGUGAAUUCUACAUACUCGACUUCUCCCAUUGGCAGUAAUGAGGCUCUUUUUGGAAGUUUUUUUCAUUGCUUUAUACCUCAUUUGAGAUUUCAUUGGCUCGAGGACGUUGAGAAAAAAAUGAUAACUUGGUGCUACAGAGACCGUUCCAUGUGUUCUAGGGAUCAGAGAUGAAGAAAGAUGUGGGAAAAUGGGACGGAAAUAUAAAGUUUCACUCUAAGCUGUUUUAUUGGAGGUCAUGCAUAGCUAUGAUUUUUUAUGCUCUUUUGCUACCUUGGCUAAAGUACAGGCUCUUUUUUCCGUGGAAUAAGGAUUUCUUCUGCUGCAAUGGAGAAGGCAGGGCAACCUUCUCCAUCUUGGUAUAUUUAAUUCUAACGAAAUUGGCAGUUUUGUUAUAAUAAAUAUAUUUGUAUUUGAUAGAAAAAUCAAGAGAGAUUGAAUCACCGUCGGUGAGAAAAUUUAUUAAAAAGAAAGUAAAGAAAGAUCAAAGCUCCCAGCCAAAGAGCAAACAUCUGGUCCCAAGCUCAGCUGAAACAGUGAAAGAAAUUCCAUAUCCCUCCUCUUCAUGACUAACCACCCUGUUUAGAAAAUCCCCACCAAUCUGUUUUCUUACUUGCAACAGAGCACACUGCAUUAUUCAAAGACAAGCUCUUUUGUUGACAUGAGUGGAAGUGAUAGAAAGCGCUCUUCAAAGUGGGAUUUGAGUGAUGAACCCAAAUUCACAUCCGGUAGCAAGCAAAUACGGUCUGGGCGGUCCUCUGCAGAUGUUGCUGGUAGCAAUAGUUCAAAAUGGGCUUAUUCAGAAGGAAAUGAUAAAUUAAGACCUGCUAUGGGAUAUUCAUCAAAGGAAUAUUUUUCUGGAGAUAGAUGUUCAAAUGAGGAAGAUGCUAUGAUUAAAGACCAUAGAGUGUUGGACACAAGAAGAGAAUGGGACACUGAUGGAAGUUACGAGGAACGGAAACAAAAGAGACACAGUCAAUCUCCUAAAAAUGCUUGGAGCAGAAGCAGUCGGAGCCGUAGCCGUAGUCGGAGCCGGAGCCCUCCUCGUGGUUUUAGGCGGGAUUCAGGAGUUGAUGAUAGAAAAAGGAUUAGGGUUGGAGGAUCAACACGACCAUGCAGAGAUUUUGCUGUUGGUAAAUGCAGAAGAGGCAGUCUUUGCAAUUUUCUGCAUCAUGAUAACCAAAAUCAUGAGGAUAGUUGGGAAGGCAAACACAGGGAAGAUGGAGCUCCCAGAUACUCCGCUACCUAUGAGAGCGGCGACCAUUCUCUUAAGAGUGGUAGAUCUAACAAAGCUUGCAUAAAUUUUGCAAAAGGCAGCUGUAGAAUGGGAGCAUCUUGCAAGUAUGUGCAUGAUAACGAUUCUGAUGGAUAUGGUAAAGUUUAUAUGGAUGAAUUCACUAGAGAAAGGGAAGAUGGAGGAGCUCCUAGAUAUUUUGCUGCCCAUGAGAGAGAAGACCGUUCUUUUAAGAGUGGUAGAUCUAAUGAAGCUUGUAUAAAUUUUGCAAAAGGAAGGUGUAGAAUGGGAACAUCUUGCAACUUUGUGCAUGAUAAUGACUCUGAUGGAUACGGCAAAGUAUUUAAGGAUGAAUUCACUAGAGAAAGGGAAAUUGACAGAAGGCACAGAGAUAAUUCUUUUGAGCAGAGUGGCGGGCAUGUGCCUAGCCGCACUAGUGAUACUCCUUGCAGGUUUUUCGCUAGUGGAAAUUGUCGAAAUGGUAAACAUUGUAGGUUUUCUCACGAUAGGCCAUCAUUUAAGAGCCCUAAUAGAAGAUUAAGGGAUGAUAGAUGGGCAAGAAAUCCAGGUGGAGAUUAUCAAAUGGAUAGACGAAAGUUGAGUGAUUCCAUUAGUCCAAAUAGAAGGCUAAGAGAUGAUAGGUGGGGUUCAGAUGGCGACAUGGCUGAUCCAGAUAGAGUCAGGGACAGUCCAAAGCGGAAUGAUACAAUUUCUGUCUCUGAUACAGCAAAUCUGAUGGAGAAUAAAAGUGGAAAUGUAGGUGCCACAGAGCCAGGAUUUACUGCUUUGCCUAUGACUGAUGAAUGGCAUGGUUUAGAUAAGAGUAGGCUGCAUUGUAAACCACCAAUUUCAAAUGAUAAGAAGGAAGCCAGUCGUUGGAUAGCAGGAAAUACUGGUGCCAACAUGCACGGCUCCCAGUCAUUAGGCACAACAGACAUUUGGCCGGGUGAUGCAGAAAUGUCUCCUGAUUGGAAGUAUAGGACAGGAUCUUCUAGCCAUAUGGAAGAUGCACAGAAUAAGCAUGGUAUAAGCCAGGGUGAUACGUAUUUAGCCAUCUCUGAACAGGACAGAAUACAGCUUGCUCCAGGACAAAGCAUCAACCAGAAUGCACAGAAUGUAAAUCCUUUGCAUACUUCCAGCAGCCAUGCAGUUGGACAAAGUCAAGUGGAUGUUCGUGCUUUUCCUUCAAGAGAAGGAACUGUUGAUGCUACCCACAGCCAAGAAGUAUCCACUGAGAAAAAGUACUCUGUGGAAUCAAAUAUCAUGGAUUCGGGCUUAUCACAAGUUGGUUCAAUAAAUCCUCCAACUCAAAACACGGUAAGCAAUGAACAGCUUGCCCAACUCACGGAUCUCUCAGCCUCUCUGGCUCAUAUCCUUGGAUCAGGUCAGCAGCUUCCGCAGCUAUACGCUGCCUUAAAUUCUCACGAACUAAAGCACAGUCCUUCCCAAGCAAAUACUCAAGUGCCUGUUUCGAUCACAUGCAUCAAGCCAGAUCCUGCUGUUGGGCUCCCAAAGCAUUAUGAACCAAUGAUUGGUAGUAAUGAGCAAAAGAAUGCUGAUGCAAGUGGCAUGCCCCCAACCAUUCCUCCAAGUAAAAAUAUUGCCAAAGUAGAAAUGCUGUCACCGUUGUCUAAUUUAGGAAAACAAAAUUAUGGGGAUUCUAUUAAGGGUGCCUCCUCAGAACUUAUCAAGAGUGAUAAUCUAAUCCGUUUGCAGCCUGGUCAUAACACAGUGCUUUCUAACAAUGAAGAGGUAGCCAAGGAAAGGAAAAAUUCUCAAGACGGUCCUAAAAGUACAAAAGAGAAUGGUCCACAAAACAUGGACCAAGAUGGUAAACUUGAUGAUGACAAACAAACAAAGGAUAUGAAAGGGAUUCGUGCAUUUAAAUUUGCACUGGCUGAGUUUGUUAAGGAGCUUUUGAAACCAGCCUGGAAAGAAGGUCAAGUAAAUAAAGAUGCUUAUAAAACAAUUGUGAAGAAAGUUGUUGAUAAAGUAUCGAGUACCAUGCAGGGGGCCAACAUUCCUCAGACACAAGAGAAAAUUGACCAAUAUUUGUCAUUUUCAAAGCCAAAGGUUAACAAACUUGUACAGGCCUAUGUGGAAAAGGCUGCGAAGGGUUAGCAGUAUUAUAGUAAUUUGGCUUCCAAAUUUAUUCAGGUGUUUAUUCUCUUCAAUGUGCACACUUCCUUACCUCUGGAGUUGUUUUUGCCCUUUAUUCGCUUCCCUGUUCCAUAUUUUUGCAUCUUUUGUGAACAUCUAAAAGAUUUUCUUUUUGGCUUUAGUUUCCCCUCAUUUUUGUGGGAUAAAAUGUCGUCUAGUAUUUGGGCAAUCAGUUUGUAGCUUUAACGUUAGGCAAUUGCUACGUGGUUUUUCUUUUCAAAAUUAGUUUCUAUUGUAACCAUAGUAGACAUCCGUUUUGUUUUUCUCUCCAAAGACAUGGAACCAAAAGAUGAUCAGGCUUUUAAAUUGGAUGCUGAUUCUUUCAAGCUUGGGUUCUUGUGUGAGCUCGAAAUGGUAGUCUUAAUUGUCAUUUGUCUGUCUGGUUGUGUGGCAGUCAGUCUAUGUCUAUUUAGUAUUUAUAACCAUUGAAUCCAUAAUUUUGUCCAGUUGUAAUUUUACUCAAACUUAACGUGUUACAAUAGAAUCGGAUUUAAAAUUUGACAA